AUGGAAUUGAGCAUUCCUCCCCCUGGGCUAAUUCCCCUAGCCAUGGCCUUCUUCACUCCAAACCAGGCAGCACCUAACCGGCUUAUGACUAACAAUGCCUACCUGGCUUUAUUGGGCGCCUCGGAUCUUUUGAUUUUGGCUUGCAGUCAUGUUGUUUCCAUUUAUACCCUUGUCCCUGGGGAUCGAUUGGAUCCAGGAGAAAAACUCAUUAUAGGUUGUCGAAAAGCAACAAUUUCUGCUGAAACACAGAAAGGUGAAACAGAAGCUGUCAAUGGAUGCAAAGUCGGAUCGAUUGAAGCAACUAUUGAAAAAGACCGAGAAGUAUCUCCAGAAGUUUGGAUCAGCAGAGCCUUUGAAGCAGAUAAUGGUCUAAAUGAUAAUAGUGAAUUUACUAUUGAGAAUGAAGAUGAAACAGUUCAGGCCAAGUGUCAAAGAACUUCUAGCAGAUGA